AUGAAGUACUCAGCUGUAGCAGCCGUUCUGGCACCAGCUUUUGCUUCAGCACAAUGGUGGGCAGGAGCUCCAGGCUGUGCCCAAUCUUGUCUUUCUUCCGCAUAUGGAGGUAACGCAUCAGCCACGUCGGCCAACUGGCCCUCUCAGACAGACUAUUGCGAUCAAAACAAUGGGAACAAUGUUGGCGCAUGCCUAAGCAACAGCUGCUCGGCCACGUCCACGGCCUGGUCUUCGUACCAGGCCCUGUCGUCUUCGAUCUGCGCCCAGUGGGCCUCGUGCACCUCGGCCGGAAGCACCGGCGUCCACACCAUUACGGUCCCAUCCGGUACAGUGACGUGGGGCGCGCCAGGAGGCUGGCCUACGAACGGUUGGGGAGGAGGAGGAACCAACAAUGGUUGGGGGCCCGGCAGUCAUGCCGGAGCCGGUGACCACCCGGGAGGACCACCGGGCGGCUGGGGCAGCGACGGAGGCUCGUCGCUGUGGUCGCAGUGGGCCUCGGCGGCGCAGCAGAGCGGCGGGGCGCACACGUGGACGGGCGGCGUCUUCACGGUGACGGGGUGCGUGGGCGACGGCUCGCCGUGGUUCGCGGGGCCGGGCGGCGGCUGGAACAACUACGGCGGCUUCAACGGCUGGGUGGGCUGGGGGUCGGGCUGGUCGCAGGGUCCCGCGAGCACGGCCACCGUCACGUACACGACCACGGUGGCCGAUAAUGGCAAGAAUGAUGUCACCGUCAUCACCGGCAUGGCUACCGUGGCGGCUGCAGUCAGUGGCGAUGUUACGACGACUCAGACGCUGGGCCUCGUCGCGGGUUCGGCCAGCUCUACUGCCAAUGCUGCCGCAGCCCCCAUGAGGCUUGGUGGUGGUGGGCACGAGGGCGGUAUCGUUACGAGCAUGUGUGGACUUGCUUUGGGCUUUGUGGUUGGCAUGGCUCUAAUUUUGUAG